AUGUCCGGCCUUUUCUCAAGCUCAGUCGAAGGCUCAGGCUCAUGCCUCAGCAGGGCAAAUUUGUGUUCGCCAUCUCCCUCUGUUUCUGGAGCUGGCAGUGCCAGUGCGAAAAGGUUUAUGCAGAAACCUGUGCGGCCGACUGGCUUCUCUCCUACCAACACGGUUUCUCCUAUGAGGACAAUGGAUGCUUUAGCUGCUGUUCGUAGGAAGAAGCAGAAGCUUCACGAGAAGCAGUUUCAGGAAAGAGUGGCUGCAAUUUUGCCCGAACCUGCUCUUUUCACACAUCUCCUUGAGUUUGAGUCCUGCGUGGAUCCUGCUCUCACAAGGAAGAAAAUUGAUAUCCAAGACUCUGAAGACUUCGUCAAUCAUACAGAAAAGUCUACGGAUAUAUUGAUGGGUUCUUGGGAGAUAUCUUCGUUCAGUGACAUGGGUUAUCAGAUUUCGGGGUUUGGGGUUCCUUCGCCGUCGUCGGUUAACCGGAUUCGGGGCUGGGGUUUAUGGGUAGAUCUCAAUGUUUGGGAGAUUUCAUCUUCAGGUUCUCGUCAAUUUGGGGGAGUGAAAUGGCAGGUUUGA